AUGCCUGGCACGCAGUCUUGUGAUGUAAGGGAUGGCAUCUGCAAUGGUACCUGCAGAAAAAAAGCGGUUUUGUGCACACUGCAGGCAGUCCAGAAUCUCAUGCGCGAGCACGCGGAGAACCUGCUGGAGAGCUCUGACGGUGUGCAGCGCGAGUUCUUCGUCAGCUUCAUCAACACGCCCAGCCUGUUCAGGCUGCGCCAGCUCAAGUCCCUCGACUUGGGCAAGCUGGUCAGCUUUGCAGGGACGGUGACACGCACGAGCGAGGUGCGGCCGGAGCUAUUCAUGGGUUGCUUCCGCUGCCUGGAGUGCGGCACCAUCAUCCGCAACGUGGAGCAGCAGUUCAAAUUCACUGAGCCCUCCAUGUGCACUAUGGAUACCUGCCAAAACAAGAAGGCGUGGACGCUGGUGAAGGAGGAGAGCACCUUCAUUGACUGGCAGCGCGCCAAAGUCCAGGAGACCACCGACGAGGUGCCGGCGGGCAGCCUGCCGCGCACGAUAGAGGUGAUUUUCCGCAACGACACAGUGGAGCAGGCGAGGGCAGGCGACAAACUCGUGUUUGCCGGCUGCAUGGUCGUCGUCCCCGAUGUGGCCGCCAUCACCGCGCCCGGCCAGCGCAGCCACGUCAAGGGCCGGCUGAACGGCGCGGCCAACGAGGGCGGCGGCGUCACGGGGCCGCGCAGCAUCGGCGUGCGCGAGCUGACCUACAAGAUGGCCUUUCUCGCCUCCUCCGUGCAGGCGGCUGACAAGAAGCUGGGCAUGAUCAACAUCCGCAGUGACGAUGAUAUGUCUCCCAAGGACGUCCUGGACGGCAUGACGCCUGAUGAGGCCGCGCAGGUGCUGUCAAUGAGGGACAACCGCCAGAUCUACGAGGCGCUGGCCUCCUCGCUGGCGCCUGGUGUGUUCGGCCACCUGGACAUCAAGAAGGCCAUCCUGCUCAUGCUGCUGGGCGGCGUGCACAAGCAGACCUCCGAGGCACGCCCCUCCUCCACAUUUGGCAUCAAUCUGCGUGGGGACAUAAACGUGGCGAUAGUGGGGGACCCGUCGUGCGCCAAGUCACAGCUGCUCAAGUACGUGGCCGCCUUCCUGCCGCGCGCCGUCUACACCUCCGGCAAAUCGUCCUCCGCCGCCGGCCUCACCGCCUCCGUCGUCCGGGAGAGCGACACGAACGACUUCUGCAUAGAGGCGGGUGCGCUGAUGCUGGCAGACAACGGCAUCUGCUGCAUCGACGAGUUCGACAAGAUGGACGUCAAAGACCAGGUGGCCAUCCACGAGGCCAUGGAGCAGCAAACCAUCUCCAUCGCCAAAGCAGGCAUCCAGGCGACGCUGAAUGCGCGCACGGCGAUUUUGGCGGCUGCCAACCCGAUCGGCGGCCGCUACGACCGCUCCAAGCCCCUGCGCUACAACGUCGGCCUCCCGCCCGCCAUCCUGUCCCGGUUUGACCUGCUGCACGUGAUGAUAGACGAGCCGGAUGACAUUCUGGACUACCGAGUGGCCAGUCACAUAGUGGCCGUGCACCAGCGACAGGACCAGGCGUUCGAGGUGCCCUACUCCAUGGGGCAGCUGCAGCUCUACCUGAAGUACGCGCGCGCCCACAAGCCAGAACUCACCCCCGGGGCGAAGCGGGAGUUGGUGGAGAGCUACAAGCGGCUGCGGACCGAGGACGCGGCGCCCGGAAGCAGCACCUCGUACCGUAUCACGGUGCGCCAGCUGGAGGCGCUCGUGCGGCUGUCCGAGGCCCUCGCUCGGCUGCGCUGCUCCGAAGUCAUCACGCCCGCCUACGUCCGCGAGGCGCGGCGGCUGGUGAAGAACAGCAUAAUAGCGGUGGAGGCGCCGGACGAGGAGGUGGACGACGACGAGUGGGUUGACGACCCUGAGGAGGCCCAGGACAUCAUCGCCCGCCACCGCCCCGAAGGGGCUGGUCCCUCCAGCGACGCUCCAGGCCCCUCCGGUACGAACAUCAACCCCUUGCCUAGUACAUCAAUGGCCCCGGCUGCCUGGGACCGGUAUAACCUGAGCAGCGUGCCCGCUUUCGAUUGGGCCUUGCUUCAAUCUGGCGAGUCCAUUAAGGGGUAG